AUGGCGUUCGGCCUGGAUGGCGUCUUGGGCGAGCCCGGGGUGUUGACUGGAGCAUUGCUCGGGGUCGAGCUGCACAGUUGGUGCGCCCUGCAGGGCGCCAGCCGGGUGCUCCACGCCGCCGUGGGCUCCGCGCAGGGCAUAUUGCGCUCCGCUGUGUGCACGCGAAGCCGACACAGGUCACUUUGGGACCUCUGCGCGGACGGGGACAUCACUGGACUAUGGGCGACCGCGCCGGACGAGAGCCUGGCGGGCUUGCGUGAUCCGAACCGAAAAACCACGCUCCUGCACGUCGCCCUGGAGAGGAAGCUCCGCGCGCCGUACGCGAGGCUUGUGCGCUGGCUGAUGUCGCGCCCGGGGGGCGACGACAUGGCGCGCUGCAAAGACAUUCGCGGCGAGACCCCCCUCCACAUCUCGCAUCUGCGCCCGGUGGGGUCACGCGUCGGUCGCCGUGCGCCUCGCGCGCAUCCCAGGACCCCCCCCCCGUGGCCGUCGACGCCCGGGACAACUACGAGGCCACCCCGCUGGUGUCGGCAGUGCGGGAGGAACGGGAGGACGUCAUAG